CAAAUCACAUAAAUCAUGUAAAAUCAAAUACAUAAAAAUUUGAACUUUACCUCUAACGAAAACAGCGUAUGAUAUGAGUAAUGGUUCAAUAUCUCUAGCACUUGAAUCCUCUUCUUCCCUUUUCACCAAAAUACUCCAUUACACUCGAUCCAAAAACCUUCCAAAAGGUCAAUCUCUUCACGCUCAUCUCCUUAAAACUGGUUCUUCAUCUUCUUGCAUUUACCUAUCUAACAGUAUUGUCAACUUAUACGCCAAGUGCCACCGUUUGUCGGACGCCCAUCUCGCUUUCCAAGAAAUACAGAGCAAAGACAUUGUCUCAUGGAACUGUCUUAUCAAUGGCUAUUCUCAAUUGGGUCGUCGAGAUUCUUCUCUUUCCGUUCUCAAUCUCUUCAAGUUAAUGAGACAAGAAAAUGCCCUCCCAAAUCCUCACACCUUUGCUGGCAUUUUUACCUCUGUUUCGACUUUGGGGGAUUCCUUUACUGGGAAGCAAGCACAUUGUCUUGCGUUCAAACUCGGUUACCUUUCUGAUGUAUUUGUGGGUAGUUCUUUGUUGAAUGUGUAUUGUAAGGCUGGUCAUUAUCUUGGUGAUGCCCGCAAGAUGUUUGAUGAAAUGCCUGAGAGAAAUUCUGUUUCUUGGACUACGAUGAUAUCUGGGUAUGCGUUGCAGAGGAUGGUUAAGGAGGCUGUGGGAGUGUUUAGUGUGAUGCUGUGGGAGAGAGGGGAAGAUGUGAAUGAGUUUGUCUUUACUAGUGUUCUUAGUGCUAUUGCAUUGCCUGAGUUUGUUUUUGUUGGAAAGCAAAUUCAUUGUCUUUCUCUGAAGAAUGGAUUUUUGUGGGCUGUUUCUGUUGCUAAUGCUACUGUGACUAUGUAUGCGAAGUGUGGGAGUUUGGAUGAUGCGUGUUGGGCAUUCGAGCUCUCCUCUGAAAAGAAUUCUAUAACGUGGUCUGCGUUAAUUACUGGUUAUGCACAGAAUGGGGAUUGUGAGAAGGCGUUGAAGUUGUUCUCUGAGAUGCAUUACUGUGGGAUGAAUCCCAGUGAGUACACUCUGGUUGGGGUGCUUAAUGCAUGUAGUGAUUUUGAUGCACUUAGAGAAGGAAAACAGGUGCAUGGAUAUCUGUUGAAGUUGGGAUUUGAGCCUCAAAUGUAUAUUCUGACUGCGUUAGUGGACAUGUAUGCUAAAUGUGGUAAUAUAAGUGAUGCAAGAAGAGGUUUCGAUUAUUUGAAAGAACCCGACAUAGUCUUAUGGACUUCCAUGAUAGCAGGAUAUGUAAAGAAUGGGGAUAAUGAAAGUGCUAUGGGUAUGUAUUGUAGAAUGCUGAUGGAGGGUGUUAUGCCCAAUGAGUUGACAAUGGCGAGCGUGUUAAAAGCCUGUUCUAGUCUUGCUGCUUUGGAACAGGGGAAGCAGAUUCAUGCUCAUAUAGUCAAGCAUGGGUUUAAUUUUGAAGUUCCAAUUGGAAGUGCUCUGUCAACUAUGUACGCAAAAUCCGGAAGCCUCCAUGACGGUAAUCUAGUCUUUAGGCGAAUGCCUGCUAGAGACUUAGUGUCAUGGAACUCAAUGAUGUCAGGUCUUUCUCAGAACGGCUGCGGGACUGAAGCCCUUGAACUUUUUGAGGAAAUGCUUCAUGAGGGAACAAGACCAGAUUAUGUUACUUUUGUAAACAUUCUUUCAGCUUGUAGUCACAUGGGUUUGGUAAAGAGAGGGUGGAGUAUUUUCAAAAUGAUGUCUGAUGAGUUCGGGAUAGAGCCAAGGCUAGAGCAUUUCGCGUGUAUGGUAGAUAUGUUCGGUCGUGCUGGAGAACUCUACGAAGCAAAAGAAUUUAUCGAGUCAGCAGCAAGUCAUGUUGACCAUGGUCUGUGUUUGUGGCGUAUCUUGUUAAGUGCUUGCAGGAACUACAGAAACUAUGAACUAGGCGCAUACGCUGGAGAGAAGUUAAUGGAAUUAGGUUCACAAGAGUCAUCUGCUUAUGUGCUACUCUCUAGUAUUUAUUCAGCUCUAGGAAGAUUGGAGGAUGUUGAACGCGUGAGAAGGUUGAUGAAUCUCCGCGGAGUAAGCAAGGAGCCUGGAUGUAGCUGGAUUGAGCUGAAGAGUCAGUUUCAUGUAUUUGUUGUUGGAGAUCAGUUGCAUCCACAAAUCAUACAUAUACGCGACGAGUUAUGGAAGUUAAGUAAGCUCAUGAAAGAUGAGGGAUACAAACCAGAUUUUGAUCCUUGCUUAGAGUUAGAGGGAGUAAUGGACUGAUUCCAUAUGCUUUUAUGGAAACUAUAUUUUCUAUGAAAUUGGAGAUUUGGUUUUUAUUAA